AUGGCCAACAGCAACCUGCCGCGCCGAAUCAUCAAGGAGACGCAGCGGCUCCUCAGCGAACCAGCGCCAGGGAUUAGCGCGUCGCCGUCGGAGGAGAACAUGCGGUACUUCAAUGUCAUGAUCCUGGGCCCCGCGCAGUCACCCUAUGAAGGUGGAGUUUUCAAGCUUGAACUAUUCUUGCCUGAGGAAUAUCCAAUGGCUGCCCCGAAAGUUAGAUUUCUCACCAAAAUUUACCAUCCCAACAUUGACAAGCUUGGUAGGAUAUGCCUCGACAUUCUUAAGGACAAAUGGAGUCCAGCUCUUCAGAUACGUACAGUUCUGCUGAGCAUUCAGGCACUUCUGAGCGCCCCAAAUCCAGAUGAUCCUCUCUCAGACAACAUUGCGAAACACUGGAAAUCCAAUGAAGCUGAAGCUGUUGAGACAGCGAAGGAGUGGACUCGCCUGUAUGCAAAUGGGGCAUGA